AUGGAUCGUGCCAUGUCGAAACUGGCAGUGCUGGCAGUUCUCCUCUUCGUCGGCCUUUCGAGCUUCGCAGAAGCCAGGCACGGCAACUCGACCGUCGUCCGAGGGCCGAGCUGCUCCGGGUGGACGGAGAACAAGCUGUACAGCAAAAACGUGGCGAACCUCAUCGACAAGCUGGUGGACGAGACGAGGAAGGUGCACAGGGAGCGUGGCGAUGAGGAAGACUACAGGUACACUCGUGACUUCCCGGCUAAUUGCCACUCCGGCACCGGCGCCACCGGCGGGGCAACGUGCGACAAGCAGCUCGGCAAUCUCGAUUGCUGGGGGUGCCUCCUCGUUGCCAAGAACAAGUUCAAAUCCGGCAAUUGCGACGACAACCCCAUCCGUGGCGCCGUCCAGCUCAGGGAUUGCUCCAUGUGGUUCAGAAAGUACCAUUCACGUCUCACCACUUAA